GAAAUACAGAAUCAGCUACAAUAACAGCCGUUUCACCAAAACCCAAACGAAGGGCGCUCAAAUUGCUCGAAGCCCUCUUUCUCUCUCCCUAACUCUUCUUCGCCUUCAACUUCCCUUCUCUUCCUUUCCGACAAUUCGACCCCACAAUUUCUCCGCAUUUCACUCUCUCUCUAAAUUCACCUUUCAAAAAUCAAACACCAAUGCCAGCUUCUCCUACAGAUGGUCGGGGUCGAUGGAAGCGGCGGAAGCGAGAACAGAGAGCGAAACACCACCAGGAAGAAAACGACGUCGUUCCGGAGGAAGACGAAGAAGAAGAAAACAACAACGAGGACCUCGAUAACCACCACGAGAACUCCGGGGAUGAUGCCGGCGUGUUCGUUACGGAUCCGUCCUUAGCGGGGCCCAGCGAGAGUGAGGUCCUGGCCGACGGUGGAGUUCGCAUCUCGGAGUUCCCCGCCGUGGUGAAGCGAACGGUGAACCGUCCUCACAGUUCCGUAAUGGCGAUCGUGGCGGCUGAACGGGCGGGUUUGAUUGGGGAUAGCAAGAGGCACCAGGAGGCGGCGCUGGCGGUUUUGGAGAAUGUUUCGCACGGGCAGUUACAGGCGGUUUCAGCGGAAGCUCCUGUUGUUGAUCCGGAGAAGUACGUGAUUACCCCUCCUCCUAUAAUAGAGGGGCGUGGUGUUGUUAAGAGGUUUGGGAGUAGGGUUCAUGUCCUGCCAAUGCAUUCAGAGUGGUUUUCACCAGCCACAGUGCAUCGACUAGAAAGACAAGUUGUGCCACAAUUUUUCUCUGGGAAAUCACCAGAACAUACACCAGAAAAAUAUAUGGAAUGUAGAAACCACAUUGUUGUCAAAUACAUGGAUAAUCCAGAGAAGAGAAUUACCGUUUCUGAUUGCCAGGGGUUGAUAGAUGGUAUCAGUAAUGAGGAUUUAACUCGAAUUGUUCGGUUUCUUGAUCACUGGGGAAUUAUCAAUUAUUGUGCAGCUGUGUCAAGUCAUGAGCCAUGGAAUGGUGGAUCCUACUUAAGGGAGGAUCCAAAUGGUGAAGUUCAUGUGCCAUCAGCUGCUUUAAAGUCUAUUGAUAGUUUGAUCAAAUUUGACAGGCCAAAAUGUAGGCUUAAGGCAGCUGACGUUUAUUCAUCAUUGUCAUGUCAUGAUAAUAAUUUCUCUGACUUGGAGAACAGAAUACUAGAGCGCUUAUCUGAAAACUAUUGCAGUUCCUGUUCUCAGGCUAUUCCUAGUUCAUAUUAUCAGUCACAAAAGGAGGUUGAUACGCUACUUUGCUCUGAUUGCUUCCAUGAUGGGAGAUUUGUUUCUGGUCAUUCAAGCAUAGAUUUUGUUAGGAUAGAUUCAACAAAAGAUUAUGGCGACCUAGAUGGAGAAAGUUGGAGUGAUCAGGAAACACUACUGCUGCUUGAGGCAAUGGAAAUUUAUGGCGAGAACUGGAAUGAAAUAGCUGAGCAUGUUGGUGCUAAGUCAAAAGCACAAUGCAUACUUCAUUUUCUACGUCUACCCAUGGAGGAUGGCCUAUUGGAAAAUAUUGAAGUUCCAAGCACGCCCAAAUCAAUAAUUGUUUCAAAUGGAGAUGGCCGAGGAAGAUUGCAGUCAAGUAUGAAUGGGAGUCUACCAGGGCCCAGCCUUCGUGAUGCAGAUUCUGAAAGCAGGCUUCCUUUUGCAAAUUCUGGGAAUCCAGUUAUGGCUAUGGUUGCUUUUCUGGCCUCUGCUGUUGGACCAAGGGUUGCUGCAGCUUGUGCCCAUGCAUCCUUGGCUGCUUUGUCUGAAGAUGUACAUAAGGAAGGUUCAGGGCAUGUUAAUAGGAUGAAUACAGAGAGUGUACAUAGUAGAGAAGGUGGUUUUCAUGGUUCUAUUCAUAAAAAAGAGAACUCGACAAUACAUGGUUCAUUUGGUCAAAACGAGGCAGAGGCUCAUCCGCUCUCUGCAGAAAAAGUUAAAGCUGCUGCCGAAGCUGGCCUUGCAGCUGCAGCGAUGAAGGCGAAACUAUUUGCUGAUCAUGAGGAACGAGAAAUUCAAAGGCUAUCAGCUAAUAUCGUAAACCAUCAGUUGAAGAGGUUGGAGCUGAAGCUGAAGCAGUUUGCAGAAGUGGAAACUUUACUCAUGAAAGAAUGUGAACAAGUAGAGAAAGCAAGGCAAAGGUUUGCUGACGAGAGGGCCCGCAUUGUAUCAGCUCGAUUCGGACCUGCCGGAGUCGCUUCACAAAUGAGUCUACCUGGUGCUGCUUCCCCCAUGGUUAACAAUAACAUUGGCAACAACAGACAACAGGUAGUGUCAGCCUCAACUUCACAGCCAAGUAUUUCUGGAUAUGGCAGCAGCCAACCAGUACAUCCCCAUAUGCCAUUCAUGCCACGCCAACCAAUGUUUCCAAUGGGCCCAAGGUUACCCCUUACGGCCAUGCAGGCAUCCACUUCAGGUCCUCCUAAUGUCAUGUUCAACUCCCCAGGGAAUACACAACCUACUCUUAAUCAUCCAUUGAUGAGGUCAGUAUCUGAGACUGGCUCUGGUCUAGGUUGAAAUGGAAGAAUGGACUGUAAAUUUGGAUUUUAUGGCUGAACUCCAUUGGCGUCGUUUCUCAGUUUCUGCACUUUCAAGAGAACGGGUUGCCUGGACAAAUAGUGUGAGCAUCUUGCAGCUUCUAUGUAUCGAAGUUACUUGAAGCAAUUUUUAGGGCUUUUAACAGCAUCGUCAUACAAUUAAGGUAGCAUUGGGAUUUAAUUAUAAAAAUUUUAGAUUAAUUACCCAAAAUUAAUUUUGUAUGAUAAAUUAUUUAAAUUUUAGAAUAUCCCAAGAGAAUGGAUUCUAAUUUGUCUGUUUUCUCUUAGUGACUGAGAAAUAUCGGUUGACUAGUAAUCAAAAUCCAUUUUAGCCAUCAGCACCGCCACAUCCGCCGCCACCCAUAUGGUGACAAGGACGCCAACGGCCACUGCAUUGUUAUUUUGAUUUUUGAAGUUUUAGGAGGAAUAUUUUGACGGGCAAGAUUGACAAUAA